AUGGAGCGUACACCUGGUUCUUUUGUGGAGGAGACAGUGGGGACCCUCAACUGGCACUGGGACGAGACACAGCAGGCGUUCGGGAGACAGCAAGCAACAGACUUAAUAGCCUACUUACGCGCUUCUCUGCUGCGGCAGCAGGAAGAGCAGCAGCAGCAGCAGCAGCAGCAGCAGCAGCAGCAGCAGCAGCAGCAGGAAGAGGAAGAGGAGGAGUUGCUGCAGCAGAAAGAAAAUAAAAACAAAACAGAACAACAAAACCACACAAUCGGAGAACGUUCGGCGGCUGCGGUUUAUGUCUGCGCAGCAGACGAGCCGUCCAGCAGCAGCAGCAGCAGCAGCAGCAGCAGCAGCAGCAGCAGCAGCAGCAAAGAGACAGGGCUGGCAUGCUCCUGGCUGGGAGCAGGCAGAGAGAAUAUACGAGCAGCAGCAGCAGCAGCAGCAGCAGCAGCAGCAACAAACAGCAGAAACACCACCUCUAUAUGA